AUAUAAAAUAAAAUGAAAUAGCAAAAUGAAUCCUUGGUAGAGUUAGUUUGAAACUGCAGAAGAUGGGGUAUCCAUGGCUAAUGCUCUUGUAUGUUAUCUUCGCAUCAAAGAAAGAGAUAAUGCAACUGAGCUUCCUGUUUCCAGAAAAGAACAUUCUCAGUUCCUUUCACACGUUUUUCUUUCACACACUCAAAUCAUAUUCCAAACUCCAAUUUAUGUCUCCAUUUUCCUUCUCUUCUUCCAAACCUCUCUCUGCACAUCAUUCUUCUUCUCUGUCGAUUCCAUGACAGCCGCUGCAAUGGCGACGGCCGCCGGAGCGGCGGUGACGUUGUACCUCUUGUUGAGGAGGAGGAAGAAAGCCGAAGAGGAGUGGUCGAGAGCGCGGACCCUGAGGGUGAGGCCAGCUCAGGCGCCGGCGAAUCUGUUCGAGUCGAUCGUGACGUUGUCGGAGACACUGAGAUUCACUUACUCUGAGACUAUUGGGAAAUGGCCAAUAGCAGAUUUGGCCUUCGGCAUCAAUUCUUUCAUGCGUAAAAAGGGUGAUUUGGCAGUUGCGGGUGUGUAUGGUGGAAAUGGUUGUGUGGAGUUGAAAGGCCCUGAAGUUGUAGCCGACUUAGAGGAACUAUUGAGGCUGUUGACUCUGUGUAUGUUUUUCUCCAAAAAACCGUUUCCCGAAUUUUUAGAUUCUGCUGGAUUCUCACAGGACCAUGUCCUUCUCCACAGCCCCAAAGCUGAGCUUCUGAAGCCUGCAUUCACUAUUAUACAUGAUAUGCAGUCAAGAUGUUUUCUUCUGUUGAUCCGGGGAACUCAUAGCAUAAAAGACACACUGACAGCUGCAACUGGUGCUAUGGUUCCUUUUCACCAUUCCAUUGUAAGUGAUGGACAAAUUAGCAACUUGGUUUUAGGACAUGCACACUGUGGUAUGGUUGCUGCUGCUCGUUGGAUUGCAAAACUCUGCAUUCCUGCAUUACUUAAAGCACUUAAUGAAUGUCCAGACUCAAAAGUCAAGGUUAUUGGACACUCACUUGGUGGUGGUACUGCAUCACUGUUGACAUAUAUUCUUAGAGAACAAAACGAGUUAUCUUCAAGCACCUGUGUCACAUUUGCUCCAGCCGCCUGUAUGACAUGGGAGUUAGCUGAAUCAGGGAAGCACUUCAUCACCACCAUUAUAAAUAAUUCCGACAUGGUGCCCACAUUAUCAUCUUUCUCUGUUGACAAUCUUCGUUCUGAGGUUGCUGCAUCAUCUUGGUUGAAUGAUUUAUGGAAUCAGGUUGAGCAUACAAAGGUUCUGAAUGUCAUCUAUCGCUCUGCAAGUACCCUUGGAUCUCAUUUACAAUUUAUAUCCAGUGCAAAAGGAAAGGUAACUGGUGUAGGUGCUAUUCUACUGCCAGUAGCCAGUAGUACCCAGGUUGUGAUAAAGCAUGCACAAAGUGUUGCAAAAGCUGUUGUUAAAACUAUGACUGCACACAGUCAGAAUAUUGGUCCCCUGUCGAAAUCUAAAUUAAAUAAGUUGGUCAAAAUUUCUCUUGAAGCAGAAAAUAUAAGUAAAUCUCUUUUGACCGAAAGUGUGUCUGUACUUAAUAAAGAUGAACCAAACUCCUCUAGUGGAAAAUCCGAACUUGAUGACGCAGAUGAAGAGGAAUUAGUCAUUCAUGCCAAUGAACACAUUACAGAAGGUGAAUUGUGGCAUGAACUGGAGAAGGAACUUGAAAAACAGAAUAUAUUGAACAUCCUGACUCAGGUAGAAGAAGCAGAUACAGAAAAUGAGAUAAUUGAGGAAGAUCAGCUUGUUAAUGCUAGCAAUUCAAUGUCAACAUCUGGCCUUCUAGAUAGUUGUUUUUAUCCCCCAGGUAAAAUUAUGCAUAUUGUCUCUGCACCUCCUGAUGAAUCUAGUUCAAACUCCAAGGAGGAACGUAUCAAAUUAUAUGAAACACCAAGACAGCUGUAUAGCAAGUUCAGACUUUCAAAAAAUAUGAUAAAUGAUCAUUACAUGCCAACAUAUAGAACAAUGAUCCAACUAUUAAUCCAGCAAUUAAAGAAAGAUGGUUUCAAAUAGUACUACAUGGAUAAAGUACUAAAGAGAAGUGAAUAAAAUCCCUUUCGUGGUUGAAAGUUUAACAAUCCUGUGUGUAUAAGAAAUUCCUAACAUUCAAGAAUAAUUUAAUCAUUCAUUUACUUAGAAUAUAUCAUAGAGACUAGUUUUAGAUGAUUUAAAACUUUCAAAAGUUGACUAAUUUUAGAUGAUUUAGAGCUCCCCUCAUAAGGGAAGCUUCCAAAAAUUGACGGGCAAUUCCCAACCAAAGUAGGGCAGGAAUCACCCGCCGGAUAGUCGGUGUUCGAAAUUUAGGUGUUGGCACGACCAGUCGUCUCUAUGCGAUCAUUGACCAGUCGCCUUUCACCCCCUGACAGGACAGGUUAAGUUUCAAGGGUUUUCUUCCACCAGUUUAUAGGCCGUCCCACAUUCAACAUUAUAAAAUCUCCGAUAUGGGACUUGCAAGUCAUCAAGUAAUAUUUCACCCCAACUAUUUAAUUUUAUGCAAUCGUAUUUAUU